UCAGAACGUAAUGAUUUUUGUGUCAGUAUGAACAAGGGGAACCGCGCACGCUGAUAAUCGUACAGGGAAAUACCGGCUUGGUAAAUGGCGAAGACUUACGAUUACCUGUUCAAACUCUUGCUCAUAGGAGACAGCGGAGUGGGGAAGACAUGUCUCCUCUUCAGAUUUAGCGAGGACGCCUUUAACACCACCUUUAUCUCCACAAUCGGAAUUGAUUUCAAAAUCAGAACGAUUGAGCUAAAUGGAAAGAGAAUCAAACUCCAGAUAUGGGACACAGCAGGACAGGAAAGAUUCAGGACUAUCACCACUGCAUACUACAGGGGCGCUAUGGGCAUUAUGUUGGUGUAUGAUAUCACCAGUGAAAAAUCAUUUGAGAACAUAAAAAACUGGAUUCGUAAUAUUGAGGAGCACGCAUCAUCUGAUGUCGAGAGGAUGAUUCUUGGAAACAAGUGUGACAUGAAUGACAAAAGACAAGUGUCUAAAGAGAGAGGAGAGAAAUUGGCGAUUGAUUACGGGAUCAAGUUCUUGGAAACAAGCGCAAAAACCAGUGUAAAUGUAGAGGAAUCUUUUAUCACCCUCGCCAGAGACAUUAUGGCCCGACUUAACAAAAAAAUGAAUGAUGGUGGCCAUACAGAUGGCGGGGGACCGGUAAAGAUCUCAGAAAAACGCUCCAAAAAGCACAGCAUCUUCAAAUGUUCUCUGCUGUAACUCUCGAGUGCAGCGUUCACUCGAUGUGACUUGGUGACAACCACAAACGCUCUGCUGGUAUAAUGUAUCACAUGAGCCACUGCAAAGAGCCACAAUUUCAGGCUCGAGGGCAGAAUGAGCUUCCAGUUUCCAAGCCCCUAAAGUCAAGAUGGAACAAAGAGGAACGGUGGAGUUAUGAGAUAUUUGGUUGCUUCACUGUGGUAGAGUGGUAAUACGAAACGUUUCCUUUGUCGUGUGGUGGUAAUCGUGAAAAUGUGUUGGUUCAUUUCAAAAGAUAACGAAUGGAUUUGUCUUGAUAUGUUUUUGGAAUCAUACUGCAUAUGCUGUCUUAAAGAAAUUGCUGCUGAAAGCUUAGAUCAUAACAUUUAUAUGUAUUAGUAAAAGUUUGAGUAUUUCAUGUGUUUGUAUGAUAGAUCUUUCUGUUUUUAUACAGCAUAUACUUACAUAAGUUUAAAAAAUGACAUUUUUGGAACGCCUGUAGGUUAAAAGCACUUUACAUGUGUUUUCAAUGAGCUCUCGUCACAGGCACAUGUCCAUGUAUAGCACAUACAGAGGUCAGUACAUCCACUGGAAGGUUUAAAGAUAGCACAUGAUGGUCACAGUAAAACAUCUCCAGGUCAGGUAACACACAAAAUCAUGUUUAAACUUAUGAUCUGUGUGUAAAGCCAUUGUAAAGUUUAAAAAAUACAUGGGUUUUACAAACACAUCAUUUUGAAUCUAACAUGACACUGAUUUGUGCAAAUUAUGUAAAUAUCUUUUAUCAUUCGAAACCUGUUAAUAUUUUUUUGUCAGAGAGGUGUGAUGAUGAAGCUGAGAUAAUAAGAUCCUUAUUUAGCAGUGUUAGAAUUAAUAUAUUCAUUUGAUAAGUAAUCUGAGGAUAAUUUAAAGACUUGGCCGUAUAAAGUUGGCUUUAUGCGAACAAGAAUUGAAAGAAGAAAUAUGGGGAUGGUUGUUGUGUCUGUUACCUAUUAUAAUUUUUUGCACUUCAAUGAAUACUGUAUUAAAGUCACGAAUGCAUGCUCAUGAAAAGUAAUUUGCCGAAUAACUGCCUCCUAAGUGUAUAAUUCCGGGUACAUUUGGUGUCCAACGUCAUUAUUUUCAGCUAUGCGAGACAUUUUUUACAGAAAAUUUUCAAUUGUUAUGGCCUGUGAUUUAUGAAAAUGACUACCAAAUUAAAAAUAUAAUGACUUUGGACACCAAAUGUACCUGCAAUUAUAUACUGUAAUCACCUAUAAGCUGAUGUUUUUAUUCGAUUUUUUUUUCACUUUUGCAUAAUGUGUUCAAUGUAUAAGUGAUUUUUAUUUACUGUUUAUAUAAUUUACAUCACCCGAGGCUCUUAAAAGAAAUGUGCAGUUGCCAAAAAAUGUAUUUUCUCAUACAGUCAACUUGUCUGUUUCAAAAGACACUGGAUGGCACUGUUGCCUUUGACACUUGUCAUAACUGCACUAUUGUUUUCAAAUGUACAUUUUGGUCUCCUGUAUAAGCGGUUCUAAUGAUUACCUCAGAAGAGGAUGUAUAGCAAAGGUGGCAACCUCCUAAAAGAGUUAAAGCAAUAAAAGCCCCCUUUUGGGAAUUCUUUCUUCCAACUAUUUGUGCUGAUAUUGGGAAUAGUAAUGCCUUGGAUCCAUUAAUCUGUUUAAAUUCAUGUUAAAGAAUGUACUGAUGAUCAUUUACCUUGACUUAUGUAGCAUAUAUCAUGCAUACUACUGACAUUCAGAUGGGACCAUUGUUACGCAAGUAUGUUUAAUUUAUAUUCAUGACCUUAUUUGUAAGACAUAACAUUGUGUUAUUGGACUCUA